GCUGCUCUUCCAACAGAGAGAGAGAGAGAGACGGAGGGAGUUCACAGGACAGAGAGAGAAAGAGAAAGGGCGUGUGUGUUUGUGAGAGAGAGAGAGAGAGCGAGAGUGAGAGAAGCGUGGCCAUUUGAAAAUAAGGGGUGGAGACGCACAGAAGAGCAGACGAGAACCUGGAGGCUGAAAGAGUUUUCCCAGGCUUCAGAACACUUCAGCACACCAGCCAGCUGAAGCCAAACACUCGGCAGGCAGGGAAACAGCACCUGAACCAGAACCAGGAAACAGAACCGUUCCAAGCAGAACCUCCUCUAGACGCUCCCAGGAUCCAAACCCUCAGCCUGCAGCCAUGGGAGAAGAUGCCGUCCAGGCUGAACGGAGCAGCAUGAUCAGCGCCCACGAGAGCCAGGAGCUGGUGGUGCCGAGCCCCAGCCCCACCCAGUCCUCCCCCACCCACAGCCUCUCGCAGCUGGGCAGCAACGCCGCCCCCGAGCCUGGAGCUCCCGCUCCGGCGGCGCCGCCGUCCCCGACCGCCGGCAAUCUCCCCAGGGACGGCAUGACGUCCCCGACGGGCCCGGUGAACGCCAUCACCGUGCUGACGCUGCUGGACAAGCUGGUGAACAUGCUGGACCAGGUGCAGGAGAACCAGCACAAGAUGGAGGGGCGGCAGGCGGACAUGGAGGGCGCGGUGCGCGGCAUCCAGAACGACAUGACCAAGCUGUCCAAGAGCCACACGUCCACCUCCAACACGGUCAGCAAGCUGCUGGAGAAGAGCCGCAAGGUCAGCGUCCACAUGAAGGAGGUCAAAGACAAGAUGGACAAGCAGGCCUCGCAGGUCAAGAAGCUGGAGGCCAACCACGCACACCUGCUCAAGAGGAACAACUUCAAAGUGCUCAUCUUCCAGGAGGAAAAUGAGAUCCCCUCCAGUGUGUUCGUGAAGGAGUCUCCUCCGUUCCCCCGCGACGUGGAGGAGAAUCCAGCGUUGGACACCAACCGCUCGCACGAGGAGGGCCUGCAGACCAUCAACCUGUCCUCGGACGAGGAGCUGGGCCUGGACGAGGAGGAGGAGGAUGAGAGCAUCGGCGUGCUGGAGCUGCAGGGCGAGCACAUGGAGAAGUCGCGCGCUGAGAAGAUGAAGCGCUCCAGCCUGAAAAAGAUGGACAGCAUGAAGAAGGCCUUCUCGCGCCAGAACAUCGAGAAGAAGAUGAACAAGAUCGGCACCAAGAUCGUGUCGGUCGAGCAGCGCGAGAAGAUCAAGAAGAGCCUGACGCCCACCUACCCAAACACGUUCAAGGUCUCACCGCUGCACUUCAGCUUGCGGAAGCACCGUGGGGGCAAAGGUGGGGGCGAGGCCGAGGCAGACCCAGAGGCCGUCGCCGGGGACCAGGACGAGAACUCCCCCACAGCGGUGGCCUCUAUCGAGCUGGCGCCCAUCAGCCCGGGGGAGGACCUCUCCUUCUCCGAGCUCCACCCUCAGCUGGCACCCGACACAGAGGAGGCCAAGGCCACCGUGGAGUCCAUGGAGAAGGAGCUGGACCUCUCUGCCUCGGUGGAGGAGGUGAGCCGGGAGUACGCGCUCUCGGCCACCCUCCCUCAGGACGCCUCGGUCUGCAACGGCACUGAGGGAGAGGGGAAGGAGGAUGAGGAGGAGGAGAAGGAGGUGGCCGAGGCAAAGGAGGGAGAGACAGAAGUGGUGGUGGAGCAGGAGGAGCCUGAGGAGGAUCGGGAGGUGAAAGGGAAGGGGGAGAGCGCAGAGGCAAACGAGAGUCCAGCUGGGGAGGAGGCGGCGGCAGAGGCAGCGCCCCCCGUACCCGAGGCUGUGGCCGUGCAGCAGGCGUCCUAAUAACCCCCAACCAUGCCUGAGCCCAACACACACACACACACAUACACACACAUCUUCAUCAUCCAGCCCUGAAUCCAACAGUCCCACACAACACACCUUAACCAUAUGUCACCCCAACACUCGCAAACAUACACACUCCUCUUUCCUGCCACCCAUCCCAUUCUCAAAACCCAUAAGAAUACACCUCAUCUCUGGACAUGAAUCUCCCCAGUCACAUGCACCAUCCCUGGACAUGAAUCCCCACAGACACAUGCACCAUAUCUGGACAUUACACGCCACCUAUUCAACCUGUUCUUAUACAAAUAAACGGUGACUUAUCUUUGGGACUUUACAUUGCAACAUGUCAUGGCCCUUUCUCAACAAAGCCCACAUUUAUACUUUACAUCACUUCCUGUUCUAUUGCUUUGUAAUAAUUAUUAUGCAUGACUGUGAUCCAUUACAAAUCUCCAAAAAUCCCAUGCCCCUCUCGUUAGCAAUGAUGAAAGACACCUCUUACACUGUCGGGUCUCAUUAGGCCUGUGAGCAUUUUCGUCCAAUAGUUCUUCUGCAUCGUGUCAAACCAUGAAACAGUCCACUGGUGUUGGAGAUGUGGUUUUACUUACGAACCAACGAAAGUGACCAUCCAUCGCCAUGUACCUGUCUCUCCUGAACAACCAUCCAUCUCAAUGUCUGUCUCUCUGCCUGCCUGUCUCCCUAUCUGUCUGUCUGCCUGCCUGCCUGUCUGUUUGUCUGUUUGUCUGUUUGAGCGCCAUGAUUCAAGGACAUCAAAAGCAUUCAGCAAGAAAACAGGGAGAGUGCCAGCUUUGUCUAGCCUGUCAGCACAUUUCACUCGUUGGCAUGGAGUUCCAUGGCCCACGCUCCAUCUCUCUGAGAACAGACUGCAAGGCCUGGCAGAGGUAAAGAUCCGUAGGUAUUUAUCAGACGCUUUUGUCCAAAGCGACUGACAAACCUAUCCUGCAGUGGCCGGUAAUCGAAGGGGGGGAAAACAAGGCGGCGAUGCCAACCUCUGUACCACCAUCACCCACAUAUCAUCGGUAGAAGAGGCCCCUGGACCAGCCCAGGCCCCAAUUUGGCCUCGGGCCUUUCCAGAGUCCAAUGCUAUCAGGGACCUAAGUCCAUUACCUUCACUAGAGGCACUGCCGGUCACACUCCCUGUGUGUUUCGCACCACCAAGAAGGCAUACUCUUACCCUAUGCACCUAUGAGUGUGUGAGUGUGUGUUUGCACUGAAGGAGUUUGACUGAACAAAAUUCAUUCACAGUUCACUGUAACAUAGCAAUGUUGCAGUGCUUACAAUGCCAAAAUAAAUAGAUUAUAAAGGAACGGAUAUGUGAAUAGGCAAAUCCACUGAAUGCAGUCUGAAUCCAUGAAAAAGGACAAAUCCCAGUUCUUCAUUAACUAUGCCCAAAACCCAUCACAAUUUUUGUUGACUUAACCAUAGUAGUCAUAGUAUUCAAUGUAGUAACACUCCAGUAUUGAAAAUGCGUUGGUUGUUCAAAUGUUCAUGCAUGUCGUAUGUGAAAACAGGCAGACAUUGUACGUUGACUACGUGUUUAAGUUCUUACUUAAUGGAGAGGGGUGCGGCCUGGUAUCUCAUAAGCCUCCUCACUGUCUGCAUCUAGCAGGGUGAGGAUUCCUGCUUUUGAAAGACGGCCCCAAGAGAACUCAUUUCUCAACUCGGGGGUGACAGGGGCCUGGCAUGGAAUGUGUCUGAGUGAAGAGAGAGAGAGAGAGAGAGAGAGAGAGAGAGAGAGAGAGAGAGAGAUGGUUUGCAUACUUCACAGUGAUGGAGGAUCAUUUGGGUGUUGCCUUGAGGAACACCCAAAAGAGCUGAGUGUGGUAAACAACAGACAGAUGGAGGAAAAGAGAAGAGAGGGAUGGAAGCGAUUGAGGAUUGGGGGCUGAAGGCCAUUUAUCUUAAUUUCCACAUAUGCUUCUAUGGACUGGUUUUGCUUAAGAACAGAUAAAUGACAAGUGUGAUUAAGAGACGUGUGAGAGCUGGAGUGAUUUGGUGCUAAGUAUUUAAUAUGUCAAGAGUGUUACGCAAUUUAGCGCAUGCUGAGGAAGCACAGAGGCUCUGUUAGCAUUUGGAGAGGAUAUGCUGACACGUGAAAAAGAAUGAUAAACAACACUCUAUUCUUCCGUGUUUACAUCCCACAACAGAGCUAGGUCUCUCUGCACAAGCAUUCAACAGGUCAAGUAGAGAGAAGGUUACCUUUACCUGUGACUUAGUACAGCUCAGUUUCCCACCAAGAAGUGGGAAAAUAUAUUGAUCUCCCAAAUGCCCAAUAUGGCAAACAAAUCUCCUAAACCACCCUUAUCUUUUAAAAUGUACACCUAAUUCACGCAAAUGAAUAGGAGUUAAUGGACCGCCCUCCAGUGAGUUGAACAAUUUGAAACAGAACUCAUGUUGUGUGCUUUGGGCCUAUGUGAAAAAGGAUGAAGACUCCUUGAGUCUUAAAAAAAAAAAAAAAAAAAACUAUGUAGUGAUUUUAUGUUACUGCUAAGUCCUUUUUUCCUUAUAUUUGUGUAUCCUACAAAAUGUUAACUACGCUAAUGACUUAAAUAAUAUAUAUAAAAGUAUAUGUUGUCUUGAAUCUAUUUUAAGAAAACAAGAGUUAUCAGUGAUGCCAAAGAUGCUACUUGUGGAGUUUUUUUUAGUUUUUUUAAUGGCAAACCAUUAAUAACCAUGUAAAACUGUGACCUUUUUGUCUUCACUUUUGCCAUUUUGUUAUUAAAACACCUCUUCUGAGUUUUCAAAAUAAAGACUUUUAACAAAA